CUUGGGACACGGCUGUUGAUGGAAAGGUUCACGUGCCAGCCCCGAAGGAGCAGGGCAGAGUAAGCGGGGAGGCGAUGGCCGGGUUCCUGGACAACUUCCGCUGGCCCGAGUGCGAGUGCAUCGACUGGAGCGAGCGCAGGAACGCCGUGGCCUCCAUCGUGGCGGGGGUGCUGUUUUUCACAGGCUGGUGGAUCAUGAUCGACGCUGCCGUGGUGUACCCCAAGCCGGAGCAGCUCAACCACGCCUUCCACACCUGCGGGGUCUUCUCCACCCUGGCCUUCUUCAUGAUAAAUGCUGUAUCAAAUGCACAGGUGAGAGGAGACAGCUACAGUGAUGGAUGCUUAGGAAGAACAGGUGCUCGAAUCUGGCUCUUCAUCGGCUUCAUGUUGAUGUUUGGAUCCCUCAUCGCUUCCAUGUGGAUUCUCUUCGGAGCUUACGUCACACAGAACACCAAUGUGUACCCUGGCCUGGCAGUCUUCUUCCAAAACGCGUUAAUAUUUUUCAGUACUCUGAUCUACAAGUUUGGAAGGACAGAAGAGCUGUGGGGCUGAGCUCCCCCCGUCUGCUCCGUAGUUACCACGUGGUUCUCUGUGUGUAGAUAAUUUACAGUUCCUUGUUCCUGGUUUGCUUUCCAAACCCUGGACUGAGACAAAUCCCAGGCUCUGUAAGAGGCUCCUCUUCUCCCAGGACACACUUGUGAAUAUGUACAUAGGACUGGGUCUCUUCCAAAGGGAAUGGUAGCCUGCCAGGCUUUCCUGCUGGAACCUUCAGGCUUCCUCCUUCCAACCCGUGGCUUUCCAUCCUUCCAUCUUCCAAACCUCCACCUGUGUCUGAGGCUUCAGUGAACUAUGAGUGAGCAAACAGGACAAAGCCCAUCCCUGGAGCAGGGGCUGUGCUGGGAUAAGAGCUGAUUUUAAGAAUUUUAUAUAAUUGUUCAGGUAAAUAUAAAGUAGCUUUUCUUUCUUUUUUUUUUUUUUUUUUUUUUUUGUAAAAGGUUAUGGUUUUUAAGUGAGUCCCUACACUCAGCAAGUUCUGCAUGGCCAAUCAAACCACUCCUGACUUGUGAUGGCUCUGGCACAAAGGACAUUUGCUGGCACCACAGUCCUUGGAAUUAAUUUCAUGCUGCUCAGUGUAAGAGAUACCAAUUGGUAUUGAAUGUGUUUCCUGGUAUUAGAAUAAAAAACUCCAACAAA